AUGAAUUUAACAUAUCUUGAAAAUCCAGACGAUGUACAAUACUGUUUUCAAUUUGUUAACACAUCCUGUCCCAAAGUCACAAGGCCAAUAGCAAUCAAAGCAACCCUGUACAUUUUUAUUAGCUUUUCAAUAUUGAUUUCCAUAUUUGGAAAUCUGGUGGUGAUCAUUUCAGUUUUACAUUUCAAGCAACUACAGACACCCACCAAUUAUCUUGUAUUAUCUUUAGCAUUUGUUGAUUUCUUGGUUGGCUUUGUAGUAUUGCCUUAUAGUAUGAUCAGGUCAAUAGAAACAUGUUGGUAUUUUGGACACAUGUUUUGUAAAAUUCAUUCAAUUCUUGAUAUUAUGUUAACUAUAGUUUCAAUUUAUAAUAUAUGUUUUAUUGCAGUUGAUCGAUACUAUGCCAUUUCUGAUCCCUUUCUCUAUUCUAUAAAAAUAACCCUGCCUGUGACAAUCGUCACUGUUUCUUUAAUCUGGCUAUUUGCUAUCUUUUAUGGUUUUAGACUGAUCUUGUCAGACUUCAGUAAAAAGUCAUUAGAUGAUUACAUACUUGCUACGACUUGCGAAGGCAGCUGCAUCGCAUAUGCUAAGUUUGAGGGGCAUGUAGAUGCAUUGAUCGUAUUUUGUGUUCCCGUUUCUAUCAUUCUGGGCAUAUACGUUAAAAUAUUUUUUGUGUUAAAAUGUAAACAUGGCAGAGUAAUUGGAAACAUGCCAAGCAAUAGUAAUAACCUGGAAGAAAACAACACUGGAAACUUACGUAAAAAGCAACAAAUAGCUGUAAAAAAUCAAAGUGCAAUAAUGGGAAUUUUUACGUUCUCCUGGCUGCCUUUCUAUGUAAAUAACAUUUUUGAUCCAUAUUUUAAUUUUUUAAUCCCAACAGCUUUAGGUGAUGUAAUUACUUGGUUUGGAUUCUUUAAUUCUACUUUGAACCCAAUUCUUUAUGCUUAUUUAUAUCCAUGGUAUCGCAAAACACUCAAGCUCAUGCUCUCUUGUGAGGUAUUUAACUCUGAUUCAGCUACAAUGGAUUUCUUUUCAGAAUAA